UUUAGUUUUAAUAGUCUAGUAUAAGGAUCUUUUACAUAAAUUUAUUAUUUAGUUAAGAAAAAAAAAAUCUGAUAUUGUUUUAUUAUUAGAUAUUUUUAAGACUAUAAAUAUACUAAAAUAUCUAAUAAUAAUGUCAAUGUCAGCAUUAGCGGUUAGCAGUGGCUUUAUGAUUGGCUGCUGUGUGGUAGCUCAAAUUGCCAGAAAAUUUGUUGAAAAGUUUUUUAAAGACAGGGGUAUUAUACCAGUUUUAUUGAAUGAAGCAAUUGCUGCUGCUGAAUUAUGUUCAUGUUGUUUUGAAUUGAUAAUUGUUGCAGAUAAUUAUGGUGUUGCAGCUUAUGCUAUUUGUUUGUUUAUGUUAACAAUAUGGUGGGGUAAAGUUUGGGGUGAUGCUUCAGCGUGUCCAUAUACGCAUAUGGAAGAAUUAAUUGAAGGAAAGCAGUCUUUGAAAGACGUUGCCUUAAAAUCUUGGGCUGCGUUAAUGGGAGGAUGUUGCGUUUAUAGGAUCGUCCAAGUCUUUUGGUGGUUUGAGCUAGCGCAUACACAUGAAGGUAGAGCUUUUCAAGAGUGUACAGCUGAUUUACAGGUACACCCAUACUUGGGAGCAGUAAUUGAAGGAGUUGCGACAUUAUUGUGCCGUUUGGCAUCAAAAUCUUUAGCUGAAACUGGUCCAACAUUUUCAAGUUAUAUCGAUUCUUUCAUAGGUACAAGCUUAGUUGUAGCAGCUUUCAAUUUUUCUGGUGGAUAUUUUAAUCCAGUUUUAGCUACAGCUUUAAAAUGGGGUUGUACUGGACAUACAAAUUUGGAACAUAUUAUUGUUUAUUGGAUCGGAGCAUGCCUUGGUGCUAUUUUAAGUGUUCCUCUAUUUAAAAUGUCAAUUGUACGAAAAUAUUUAGUGGGAGAGAAAUUAAAAGAAGAGUAAAUUACGAGCUUUUAAUAAACUAAAUGAAAGUUUUUGAGAAAUUUGUGCAGACGAAAACCCUUUAGUUUUAUUUUCAUAUUGUUUACAAAAUUGCCAGUAAUUUUUAUCUUUUAGUGAAGGCCGUAAUUUACAUAUGUAUGUAAUAGUAAAAAUGGUUAAUUAUCCAAUCUAUUUAAAGACAAAAUUUUAAUUUAAUUAAAUAAUUAAUUUGAUUAUUAGGUAUUUAUUUGAUUAUAUGUUGUAUAUUUAUUUUUCUUUUGUUAAAAAUUAUAAUAAUUGACAAUAAUUUAUUAAAAUUAUUCUGAAAAAAUAAAAUUUUCAUCUGUUUUAACAUA